AGAGCAAAUGUAACAUAUGUAAGCUCUCUUCGAAUAACUGUUUUCUGAUCCACGCUUAAAAUUGUUUCCAAAUAAAGAUGCUAAAACGCGAUCUACAGAAGAUUACGCUAAAGCUGUCCGAUCUGAAGGACUACGAGUUUGCCCGGGAGCAGAACAAAGCCAAGAAGGCACAGCGAUCCAGGUUGUCCCAGGAUGCCCUAGCCGGAGAUGAUGCCUCCACUUCGGGGACAACGGCCAGUUGCAGUUCCAAUACGGGCACGGCAACGGAAACUGCAUCGGGAUCGGGUUCAGGAUCGGGUUCGGGAUCGGGAUCGGGAUCAACAUCUGGAUCGUACAUAACGGGAUUGGGACUGGGCUACCGAUCGGAUACACCCUCCUCGGCAUCGUAUACCAAUACCACGUCGACGACCCCAACUCCGGCCACCCAGGAGGAGAUACUGAGACCCUCGUCCGCCGUCACGGCCACCACCACCACGGGCACCACCAAUUCCGGGUCCACGGAUGACGUGAGCGUGGCGGCCGUGGUGGAUGAUACGGAUACCAUUGACGAGAUCAGCGACGACAACUGGGUGGAUCUGAAUGCGGACACCAACGAUACCGUCGAUACCCACGAGGUGGAGGAGGAGGAGGAGGACGGGGCCAGGGGAGGCAUCUAGGAAUCGCCAGGAAUUCCGGAAAUCCAUUAUGCAAACAUAAAGCAGCUGCAACUGAAGCACCCCUUAUCAUUCCAUUUAUCUACUUAUUUUCUAUUAUAAUAAUAACCUAUUGCAUGCUCCAUUUGCUUACGUA